UUCAUAUAAUUCCUAACUACGCAUGGUUUGCAAAUUAGUAUAUUGUAUAUAUUGGCGCUUCAUAUCUGCUUCAAUUAUCAUAACCAAUUAUAAGUAAGCGUAUACAAAGAAGUUGGUAGCCCUCUUAAAGCCAGCAAUUUCGUGUAUUUGAAUUUAACAGCAGUUUUUGUUAGAUUGGCAUGUCCAAUCCGCGCGUCCCUUGCAAAAAGAAUUCCUGUACAGAAAACCGGGCUGUUUGUGCAUAAGAAAAAUACAUAAUAAAGUGCGUAAAGACUUUUAUUUAAGAGAAAAAGUAUUCUAUUAUUGCUGUGCAUACAUAUGUUUUAAUAUUUGCUGUGUUUAUAUGGGUGCUGCAAAAUUGUAGCUUUACUUGUCGCUUGCGGCUUCCUUUUUUUUCUCUGUCUUUGACUUCUGCACCAAGCGAAAGUUGCAGCCGCCGCCGACACCAACAACAGCGACGACGCUCACACUGCCGCCCACAAGCAUAGAAUUUUUUUAGCAGCUGCAUUUGCAAUUAGUUGAUUGCUAAAUGUAUAAUGUCGCUAGAUGGCGCGCAAUUGAAUCAUGUGAAUGCAGAUGGCAUUUUAGUAGCAUACCCAGCCAAAGGACGUAAGUUCAAUGUGGGCUCCUUUUUGGAUUCCGAUUUAAUACUGUCAGAUGCCGAGCGCAUUCACUGCGAGAUACAAUGCGAUGCCUUUGGCAGGGUAACCGUCUACAAUCAUUCAGUCAACGAGCCCAUUCUGCUGAACGAUCAGAUUGUGCCGGCGAAAUCCAAGCGUCCAUUGGUGCAUGGCGCAAGCAUUAAAAUACUGAAUGAAUUGUAUACAUGGCAUUUUCCCAAGAUCGAAGAGCCAGCCAAUACACCGGACCGACCGCCUCAGGAACAAGCGGCCAAUUCGUCGCCAAGUUUAAAAACUCGUCGACCACGUCGUCAAUUUGAGACCCGUUUUACCGUGCACAACUUUCGAUAUUCAAUAAAUUCGGACGAUGAAGGCAACACAUCGAUUGAAUCACCCCAACUGGAUAACAGCACAAGCAGCACAGCAGAAGCAGAGCCAGCAGCUGAACCAGAACCGGAACGCUGCAUUACACCGCCAGCCAAAGAACUGGACGAUGCAAUGCCCAAAGUUGAUUUGGUGAAGGAAACACAGAACAAGGAAAACACCAGCACACCCUGCAACAAACUAAUUCUUGAGUUGUGUGAACGCUCCGAUGUUGUCAUCACAUCCUUUUCACCACGUGAAACGGGCGUUAAGACUGAGCACUCCUUUACGCGCGUCAUGAGACCCAGCACAGGAUUCGGAGUCGGAAUGCUGUCGAAGAGCGCUUACAAUACGCCGAAGAAUGUGCUCGCCGAACAGAACGAGGACAGCUGCAGUCGCGAUUUAAUGGAUUGCAGUACACCGUCCACUUCGAAGAAGGCUCUGGCUGGCAAACGACAAUCUUCCAUGUUUUUAAUUGAUUAUACAACGCCGCAACGAUUGCGGCCCACAUUAUCAGCUACACCCAAACAGACGCCCGCCAGUGCUGGCAUCAUCAGUGUCGCCUCCACAGAUGAAUCGUCCGACUCACCGAUGGUCAUAGACUUAAUUAACUUGUCCACGCCCUCAACAUCAUCAGCAACGACAUCUAAGCAACAACAACAGUCACGUCUGACAGCCAAGACACCUAAGGAACAGAAGUUGGCGGCCAACUCGACGCCCAAGCGUACGCCACAAUCGCUGAUGAAACGUGCACUGCUGACCAGUGCCAAAAAACAAUUGCCUGAAGCAACUAGGAGCAAACAAACGACGCCCGUCCGUCAGUCGCUGCUCGAUGCACGUCGUCAGUGCUUAACUGCGCCACGACGAUUGCCCUUCCAUCCGCAACCGCAAUGGCGCACACUGGGACGUCGCCAAAUGCCCACUAUUCCACCCAAGGCACCGCUGACAUCGCCACGGAAACGCCAAUCUUCCAUAUGUUUGAGUAGCCCGCGCGAUAACAAAAUUUCUAAACUGCGCAAAUCGCUGGCCGCCGCCGCCAAGGUAAGUCCAAGCGUGGGCAUGAGCAACAAGCUGGUGGCAAAGGCGCGACGUGCUCUCAACUCACCUAAACAGAAUUCACCGCAACGUAUCGCAUCGCCCAAAGUGGAUAGAGCGCAGGAAGAACCCAACGAACCUGAUCUUGAACAGAAUUUGUCUUCUGAGCUGAGCCGCACGUUCACCUUAUAUUCCGAUGAUGACAAUGUAUCUUCAGCAUCAGCUUUGGAAGCAAUGGCUGGCUUAAUAAAUGAUAAAGAAGGUGAAAUGCCUUCCCUCGAACGCAGCAAGCGGUCAUCACUGGAUGAAGCUCAGCCGAAUGGCACAGCACAAAUAGAACUGAAUGAGGGCAACACAAAAUUUGAGUCUAAAACCGAUUCUGAAGUUGAUGAGAUUCGUGCGGCUCAAGAAGGCAAUGAAAAGCAAACCUUCGAUGAACAUUUUUCAGAGGAAUCAAAGAAUGUUAGCAAGGUUAAUGAAUCUCCGAAAGCAGCGCCGCAGUUAACGGCAACGGAUACAAAUGAGGCUCUAGUUAAUAAUGAUAUUAUUGAAGAUGCACCCACCGUUGAGAAAAUUGAACUACAAGAAACGGGUUCAGAAUUCUCAAAGGACUCAGCUGCAUUUGAUAUUAUUGAAGAUAACAUCUGCGAGGAAGUGGCGACAACAACCACAUAUCAAGAAGCUAAAGCCGAUGAUAGCUUAGCUGCGGACCCCAUUUGCGAGGAAGUCUUCACAAGCGCGCAGAAUGACUUAGCUGAGGACUCUAUCUGCGAGGAGCUAUCCAUCAGCGCGCAGAAUAUCUCAAAAGCUGAUGUUCCCACUGAGAAUCGAGAAGAUGAUGUGGAUCAGCUAGCACAGCGAAGCCAAACUCCAUCAACAAAGCGCAUCUCGCGACGGUCUUCAAUGGAAGCAAGUGCAGUCGCAGUAACGCCCAGACGCAGCGUACGCCGAGCAUCCAUUGAGGCCAGUCAUAAGCUGGAGGAGCAGUACACCAAACCAACGCGCCGUGCCUCAUGUUCUGCGGCCUUUGAAAACGAAGUUAGUAGCCUGGCCAUAGACACUCCCAAACGUAAGCGACGCCUUACUGAGGAGUUGUCGACGCCCUCGCGCAAAUCGCUCCGUCUUCUAAGCAAUACACCAAAGGGAGCACCGACAGUGGAUGAAUCUGUGGGAGACAUGGGCGUUAUAGUUGAAGAGGAGGAUGCGUUGCAGCUAGAAGCUAAUAAAUUGCCAGCGGAUGAGGAUUAUGGCAAUGAGUUGCCAACUGAAGCGAUUGAUGACCCGGACAGAAUUGAUUACCAUGGCAUGCGCGAGCUGUUAAAGACACCCAAGAGCUGCAGCACUCCUCAUUUUAAGGGACUGCGCGAAAUGAUGCGCACGCCCAAGAUACCAGCAUCGCCUAUGCUGGAACACAUUGAGGAGUUGUUGGAAGGUGAUUCAAAUGAUGCGGGUGCUACGCCCAAACGUCAAGUAACCAUCAGCCGUCUGAGCCUGGAGCUAACACAAGCUGAACCGCAGGACUUGUACUUUAAGACGCCGAGUGGAAAGGAUCUAAUGAUACCAAAUGACCCGGCUAGCGCGGUGCUAAACUCGCGCGAGGGUUCAGAGGUCGCCACCACCGAAUAUAAUUUGAAUGCAACAAACGCAACGCCACACUUUGACAAGAUCUUUGAUGAUAUGCUGACUGCGGAGACAACAAAUCCCGUCGAGCGCUCUGAAAUCGAGAUAAAUGUGACUACCGUUAGCACAGACAAUGCGACCGUGUCCAAUCCUUUGGACACGUCUGUAGAGACGAAUGAUACAGUCCACUCCGAGGCGCUAAUGACAAUUGACGAUAUAGAGGGUAGUCAUCGAGAUCCCCUUACAAGCACAACAUUUAAACCUGGAGCUCAAACUGAUGUCAAUGUUCGUAAUUCGCUUACAGCUAAAUCUCCUAACAUUUGCGAAGUGAGUGGCAUACAGCUACUCGAUCAGACAUCUGACUCCAUGUUCUCGGAGCCAUUGAUUGUCACAGGCGUGGACUCACGCGACGUCACAUUGGAGGAAACAAAGGCCACAGGGUACGCAAAUGCAUGCACAUCCAGAAAGAGCAUUAUAGAGGAGAGCUCUGAUACAGAUUCGAUGAUGGGUUUAGCUGAACCUUUAGUAGUGAGCGACGAUGAAGAUGACACAGAUGUUAUUGCAAAUAAACCAAACGCAAACGCAUCCGUUGUUCAAGUAGAAAACACUCAACUUGAACAGGCAUCUUUCAUUUUAGCUGACAGCUCUCCUGAAUGCACAAUUGACAAAGAAUUGUCAACACAACUUGAAGUAUCCAAUCAAACUAUAUCCAAAAUUGACUUACAUGAAACUAGCGUAGAUGCAACCUUUGAUGUAUCUAAUGAUAAAAGAAAGUCUACGAUUUAUGCUCUGAAUGUCAGUCAAGUUCAAAAUAACCAAAAUCUGACUACUGCGAAUGAAUCUUUCUUAAACGAUCUGAGAAAAGAACAAAAUGAGUCCACAACUAAUGAAUCUUUAAGUGAAGUUCUAGACGUAGAUGAAGAAGUAUCAUUUGUUGAACUAGAUGCUUCAAAUAAAGUUACGGAUAAACAUAAAAACAAGAAUCUGGAGCAGCUAGAUAAAAAUGUGGAAUCUGUAGCAACUUCUGUCAAGGAAUUACCAAUCGCCACAAAUAAAAUCAAAGAAGUUCUUGACUGUCAAGUAUCCAGCGAAGAAAGUAUUGAAUUUGAACAAGAUCAAAUUCCAGCAACUUUAUUAAAUACAGCUAAAGAAUGUUUAGGCAAUGACUAUAAAAAUGAUGCAGCAACAUUAGAUAAAGAAUGCACGGUGCAAUUGCAAGUCACAAAUGAGAAGGACAACGUUCUAGAAGCAACAACUUCACAUCUUGAAUUAAUAGACGCCAAGGACUCCACUUUAAAUACCUCAGAUAAAGAAAAUCUGAAUGUAAAAAUGGAAGAAAUUACAUCAAAGUGUGGAGAUGAAAUAGAAAUGAUGAAAACUGCAACAUCAGAAGACGCGGAAAGUCAGGAUUCUCAUCUAGAGGACUCAAUAAUUGAUCUGGAUCUGUCUGAGCUUGCCGAAACUGACGUUGCAGACAAACAACUUUCAGAAAACAUAAAAACGUCGCAUACUGAAAUGAAGAACACUGCAACAAAUGUAGACACAGUUGAGAGCCAUAAUUCUAAUGUAAACGAAUCGAUAAUUGCACUUGAUGAUUCUGUGGUAACAGAAAUUGAUAAGGAUGAGCAAUUAGCGGAGCAAUUACCAGAAAAUGUAAUUAAGAAAACUGAAACAACUGAAGACGCAGUUAAGAGUCAGGACUCCAAUGUAAACGAAUCGGUAAUUGCACUUGAUGAUUCUGUGCUAACAGAAAUUGAUAAAGAUGAGCAAUUAGCGCCUACUGGAAGCGAGAUUCGAGCAACUGCUGAAGACACAGUUAAUGCUCAGGAUACUAAUCUAGAAAAUCCAAUAAUUGAACUGGAUGCCUUUGUGCUGGCAGAAGAUAACGUUGAAGAGGGUCAAAUAGAUGAACAUCCUAUCGAAACAAGUACAACACUACCUAUUGAGAAGCCAGAUACACAUGCAACUGAAGCUGAAAGUCUACCACCUAAUGAAUCGCCGGUAAAAAUCAAUGACUCUGAUGUAGUUGAAAAAAAUACAAGUUCAACGGUAAUCUUUGGAGAAGAGGAACCGUCGAUGAUAACUACAUCUACAUCCAAGUCUGUUGCAGAAGAAGAAACAAACGAGGCUAGCCCAAAACCUGCCGAAUCUACCAAAAAUGAAUCUGUGCUUGGCCUUGAAUCGGCUUGCGAAACUGAGCUGGAUCAAACGCCAGCGCUUGACAACAAUGCCUCCGAGUCAGAAAUGAAUACAGAGGAAGCUGCUUGUCAAAAUAUUCUUGAAGAUAAUACCACAAAUCAGAAUGAGUCGCUAAUAGAGCAUAAUGAUAAAAAUCAAAGUGAACUCUGUACAUCCUCUGAUGAUAUCCUGCCCCAAUCUUCAGGGGAAUCUUCAGUGGACGCAAAUACCUCUAUUGAUAAAAAUAUAAAUGCAUCGCUGAUUCAAAUAGAUGCAUCUGUGGCAGACAAUAAUGGAAAGCGUGUCACUGAACCGUCUGCUGAAAUCGCAUCAGAACCAUCAGAAGACAUAAAACCACCAACUACUGCAUCUAUGGAAAGCGAUAAGGAAAAGCAACAUACCAAUGAAGCGGUCGCUAUAUUAACAUCACCUCAAAACGAUGAUGGAUCGAAUGUAUCUCUUGUAGCAGAAGAUGAAAAAACUUUGGAUGAAUCUGUAAUUGUGGCAUCUAUAAAAUCGACUAUAGAUAUAGAAGCAAAUGAAGAAGAAAAUGAAGAUACAGAAAAAACUUUGGAUGAACCUGUAAUUAUAGCAUCUAUAAAAUUGACUAUAGAUAAAAACGAAAUUGAAAAGCAUGUGGAAGGUGAAAACAUAGCUACGGAUGUAGAUAAGUCUUUGACUGAACCGAAUACAUCAGUUGUGACUGAAGCGCGUAAUCUAGAAGUACAAAAUAAAGAUCUAAUAGAUCCUAUUAUUCCAGUCACUGAUGAAGCUGCUGUUAAAUUGAAGGAUGCAAUUGUAACAGAUACUCAAAUUCCAUUAUCGACAACAGAAUCAUUAAAUGAAAUAACUAUAAUAAACAGUGAUAUUUCAUUGGUAAAUUCUGAGAUGGAAACCGAGAAAUCAAUUGAAAUAUCCAUAAAUGAAAAGCAGACGAUGGAAGAAAAUGCAAGCUGCGUUAAAUCAGAUGAGGAGGAAAGCCCAGCCAUUGAAAAUUCAUCAGUCACAACCCAGGACAAAAAUGAAACUCGAGAUACGCUUUUGGAUGCUUCAACAGCGAAUCAGUCAGAUCUUCAAAAAUCAGAUGAAGUCUCAAAAGACGUAACAUCUCGAAGUGAAGACGAGAAUGUAGUUAAAGUGAAUAUUCCUGUGAUAACUGAGGAAAAUGAAAACGUGGACGCAAAAUCAAACCCAGUUUCAGAACUCGCAGGUCUGGCUGAGGUGUCAACUACACACUCGGAUGUUCCAGCGGAUCUUUUAGAAGAAGAAGGCGAAGACAAAAAGUCAAGCCCUAUUUCAGAAACCGUAGCACACACCGAGGAAGCAAAUAUCAGCACUAUCGAACGAGCACAUAGUGAAGCUAAGCCUUACGAUAGAGAAACUGUAACUUUGUUAGAGGAGCCAAGUAUUCAGGCUGACCUCAGUAAUAAAAUCCAUACGGAAAAUGAAUCUACAAACGCUAAUGAGUCAACUGUGGAAGCUGAAAAUGAUGAAACUGAACCUUCAAAAGGUACAGAAGAGUCCGUUGAAAAACCAGAAAUACAAAUUGAUGAGCUUCAGGCAGUAAUUGAUGUAGAUGCCAACUGCGUGUCUGAGAAUGAUCUUGAAUUUGUAGCGAAUGAAAAUGCAAUUUUACUAAUAGAUGCAAAAGAACAGAUUGCAGAUUUGUCAACUAAUCCUGAAGAGCCCUUAACCAGCGCAGAACUGCAUGUACAGAAUGCAUCACGUGCAGAUAAAAUGGAUAAUCAACAGCAGAAUGAGAAAACAGAAAAUGAGCAAACGGAAUAUAAGAAUCCUCUGGAAACUGACGAAGCGGCGAAUUCAAUUUCGUCCCAGGACGAAAGCCAAGGAACGGAAGAUGAGAAUGAAGCUGACAAAGUAGCUACAGCUGCUCUUCCAACUGAAAUAGAGGCAGUAAUUGAAUUGGAUGAUUCUACGAUUGACUCUAACUCUAUAACUGAUCCCAGCUCAUCUGAAAUUCAAUCCACAGAAGAAGUGCCGGUGAUAGAACUAGACGAUACUACUGCAGAUUCUAGUUCUAUUGGAGAUGAUGGCGUAAUUGAGCUGAACGAUUCCACCACAGAUUCUAACUCGCAGACAGAAAAGCAAAAUGAGGACACAAAUGACGGUCUAUUACCGCUUCAUGAGCCGCUACAACAAGGAUCAGUUGAUCUUAUCGAGGAAAGCACUUCGACUUCUAAUAUGGCAAAAGAAAGCGAUACAACCACAAAAGAAGUUGCUGAUCAGAAUACAGUUGAUAAUCAAGUAGGCAGCGUCGCCGAACGGCAAUCAAUUUCUGAAUUAAAGCAAGAGAAGUUUGUGGCUGCUGAAGCUCAGCAAAUGGACAUUACUGCAAAUUUAGAGAAGGUUGAGCGUGCUGGCAGUCCAUCACUCCUUGUGGAACCCGAAAUUGAAUCUUCCGAGUUAAGAAACGCAACGCCUACUUUGAGAGAACAUCAGACCAACCCAACCGAGAUUGUACCCAAGGAUUUGCUUGCUGAAGUUAAGGAAAAUGAUCAUAUGGAAGCUGGUGUAGUGGAACAAGCUACGACUAGAGCAGACUCCACAAAUGUUGAGACCGAACAGCCUCCGGGCUUGGAAAAUUCUAUAAGACGAAACUGUGCUUCUGAACCUGCUGAAAGCGAAAAGCAACUGAAGGAAAUGCUGGAAUUAGCAGAUGAAAAGGUAAAAGCAGACAAGACUAAGAGUUCGUUAGAUAUUGCUGAAAGUCAUGAGCAUUUAGAAGAAAAACAGGAUGAUAAAGCAAUCGAAACUGAAACAGAAAACAAAUUGAAACUGCGCGAAAGAAAAUCAAUGGGUACAGAGGCAAACAUUACAGAAACUGUAGAUCAUAUCGAAAUGAGCUCUGAAGAACCAAGCGCCCGUCAUAAAUCAAAACGUCGUGGCAGAAAAGCAACAGUGGAAAGUGAUGAAAAAGAAUUAGAAGACAUUGCGAAAGCAACUAUUACGCAUUUAGAGACACCUGAACAUCGCUCGAAAACAAAUCGUCGUGGAAGAAAGCCAACAGUCGAGGCACACGAUAAAGAAUCAGAGAAGAAUGUGGAACAGCCAAUUGAGGAAGAAAGUGAAAAAGAAAAGCUGAUAGAAUCAAGUCAUCCAACUAGGUCAACACGUCGUGCAAGAAAAUCACUUGAUGUUGAGAAAAGCAAGCCACAGGAUACAAUCGGAGAAGAACCCAUCGAUCCCGCAGAAAUCAAAUCUGAAGAGCAAAACGAACUACACAAGCAAAAGCGACGAGGAAACAAAGAUACUGGGAAAAUUGCAUCAGUUGCUGAAGUGAAAACAGAAGAGUCAACUGUGGAAACUGUCACGUCCGAAGAAAUUACCGAUACAACCAAUGUAAAUCCGUGUAGAAAGUCAGUUGACACUGAGGAAAACACUCUCAACAUAAUCCCAAAGGAAACUGAAGGUCAUACAGAAAACAAGUCUAAAGAACAAAGCGAUCAGCCUAAACUGAAACGUCGGCAAAGGAAAGCAACAGUAGAUCAUUCCACGCCAGAGAAACAAAUCGAAGAAACAGAUGAUAAAGAUUGUGAAACACACGAUAAACCAAAACGAAAACGAGGAAGAAAAGCUACAGAAGAUGAGGCUAAUGAGCAUGGAGAGAAAAAAGCGGAAGAAGAAAAUUUAGUGAAAGCGUCAGACGUGCACAAACCUCGAGCAAAACGCGGACAAAAGAAUAUGACAACAGAACUUGAAUCAAAAAAGACGCCAGAACUAGAGAAACUGGUUGAAGACACAAUCGAAUUGGACAGCCCCAUAAAAGAAAUAGCGGAGACGGAAACAGACACAGAUAAACCAAAGCAACGUGGACGUAAGCCAUCCUCUGAAGUUAUUGCAGUUGAAGUCUUUGAGCCCGUGAAGUCCAAUGAGGAGCCCAUCAAAGAGAAGUCAAAACGGCGAGGUCGCAAAGCAUCUACAGAUCAAACACAUGAACUGCCCGAGCGCAAAAUGACGCGAAAAACUCGAAAAGCUUCGGCGGAACCUGUGGAGCAACAAGCGCCGACCAAGGAAACCAUCGACAUUAUUGAAGAAGCAGAAGAACCAUUGUCGAAUAUUGAGAGUGUGCAAGAACCAGCAGGUUCGGCCUCGAUGACACACAUUGUCAGAAGACGCAGUCAGUCUAUUGAUGCAGCGCAAUUUGCACCACAAGAAUUGGUUUUGGCAUCGGGCUCGCGACGUGGACGCAAAGCCACAACCGAUGCGGACACGCCACAAGAGUUGGUUGUGGCUUCGGGCUCGCGACGUGGACGCAAAGCCACAACCGAUGCAGACACGCCAACUGAUCCCGUUGAGCUGAAGCCAAAACGACGUGGCCGCAAAGGAUCUGCCGAUGAAACCCACGCGGACGACACAGAGCCAGCAAAAAAAGUAGCAAAGCGUGGUCGCAAUCUCAGCGCCGAUGUGGUACACCAUUUUUCAGAUGCAACGGAACCUGAUGUGGAGAAGAAGACAACACGAAGAAAUCGCAAGGCUUCAGUUCAUGUAGAUACGCCUGGAGCGGAAAGGCCAACGUUGGCCAAGAAGGCAGCCGUACGACGUGGACGCAAAGCUUCAGCGGUUGAAGAACAGCUGGAGCUACCCCCGGAACUGCCUGACUCGUCUGCAGUUCUUGUGUCUGCAUCGCCAAUGCCACAGCCGCCCAGCUCAGAGGAUGAACUGACCCCGCGACGUCGUGAAGGACGCAAUUUACCCCGCAAAAAUUAUGAUGAAACAUCGGAUGAGGAUAAGCAUGGCUCCACGUCGUCGCCGCGUCGAGCACGCAAGCCAAUAGCCAGCAAAACGACCAGUAAAUCACCUGGCAGCGAGACACCACCCACGACAAAGCCCACCACACCGACCACAAACGCCAAACAAAACGUGAUUGUCGAGUCAACUGUGGAGCUUGUGGCUCCUCAAACGCCAUCUGGACCAGCUGUGGUACUACCAGAGCCCACAAGUUCGCAGCGGCGUGAAGGACGCAAUGUGCCACGCAAGAACUAUAAUGAGACAUCGGACGAUGACAAGCCAGGCACUUCACGUAGCCGUCGUAUUCGACAGCCAACGGUCAAGGCACUGGAGCUAUUAGUCGAUACAGCAGCAGCUGUGCAACGUCCUGCCACGCCCAGGCGGCGCAAGGCCAAAGAUGACAGCGAACAGCCGCCAGAGAAGAAGGCCCCAACGGAACAAGCAACGCCCGUGGCGGCCCCCAAAUCGCGUGCUCGUCGUAAGGCGGCUGAUCCAGUUGAAGCACCAGAAAUUGUGUCCGUUGCGACGAAAGGGGGCAAACGUAUGCUACGCAACCGCACAGAGAGUUCCACCAGUAAUCAGCACGAAGAUGUGGAACAGGAGCCGGUUCCGGAACCGGAGCCCAAGCCCAAGCAGGCAGCCAAACGCAAUGCACGCGGCAAAGGUAAAACUGCAGCAGCAGAGGAAGAAGCGACAGAUGAGCUUCCAGCUGCCAAAAAGGCGCGGGGAAAAACAGUCACAAUCACGCAUGUGGAUCUGGUGCCAACAGAAGAGCCGGCCACUAAGCGAGCGCCUGUUGCGCGUGGACGUGCCGCACGUACCGCUAAACAGGUCGAGCAUAGUGUGGAUAGUGCGUCUGAGACGACAACGCCAGCACGCGCAGGACGCGGUCGCAAGGUGCACUUCGAGACGACGGAGGAGCCAGUAGCCGCAACAGCACAGGCAGAGGCGCCCACACGUUCGACACGGUCUCGCCGCAAAUGA